CUUGAUUUCUCUAUUUAAAGAAGAUAGUAACACAUUGUUUCUUCAGUACGACAUGUACGUAUAACGUUCUCUCACUCAUCCACGUGUAUAACUCGCUCAUCCGGUUAUAAAAUCAUAGCAGUUUUUUUUUUGGUGAAACAAGUCCGAAACGGUAGAAAUGGAAGGGAAAGCAGUGAAGGCUUUCAUCGUGGUAGCGUUAUCAAUAUUGGUGAUACUAGUUGAACCAAUUAUCGCAGCAUCAGAUCUAAGUUUGGAUGUUGGGAGUGCUACUAAGACUACCUACUCCAAACUGUUAACCGACAUUCGUGAUAAUGUCAAGGAUCCGAAACUCAACUAUGGCGAUAGCAACCUACCAGUAAUGGCAGCAGAAGCUCCAAAAAAGCCCAAAUUACUAUUGAUUGAUCUCAAGUCAUCAGACGGAAAGACAAUCACAAUAGGUAUCAGUAAAGAAGAUAAAUUCAAUUUAUAUGUGCAAGGUUAUCUUGACAAAAUUAUAGUUAAUAAUAAAGAGGUUUUAAGAGCACAUUUAUUUCCUGAUGCAUCUGCAUAUGCAAUGAAGAAUCUGUUUCCAGAGGUGCCUGUAGGUGUUAAUCGUAUGAAAUUGAACUACAAAAGUCCGUAUGCUGAUAUGGAGAAGAAGGGUGGGGAUAGAACGAAAUUGGGGUUGGGAAUUCCGCAAUUGAACAAGUUUAUCAAAAAAGUAUACGGAAGCCCGCUUAAGCCCGCUGAUAUUAAGGACGAAGCUCAAUUUAUGCUUAUUGUCGUCCAAACGAUAGCAGAGGCAACACGAUUCAAGUAUAUCGAGGACUUGAUUUUGGAUCAAUUCGAUUCAUUUGAAAAUAGGCCCGACCCGAGAACGAUUGAAUUGGAAAAGAGUUGGCAGAAGAUUACAAAAGCAAUUAAGAGCUCUAAGAAAGGGGAGAUCAAGCCAGAGCUAGAUUUAACAUAUGAUCAAAGUAAUCCUUGGAAAGUGUCGAAAGUCAGUGAUAUUACUCCAUGCAUGGGGCUUCUUAAAUACGAAGGCAAAAGCAGCAGCAGCAGCCUAGCAUCUCCGUUUUACAAGGUGUUGAUGAAUGUUUUUAAAGUCAAUAAUAAUAAUGGUGAUGGUGAUGGUGAUGGUGAUGGUGAUGGUGAUGGUGAGGCUGCAGAAAUGUGAAGGGAACCAAGGAUUUGCUCUUGUUGAUUUAACUAUUAUAUGCCAAUGUAUGAAGUUUAAAGUCAAAUAAGGCAGCAAUAAUGUGUUAUUUAAUUAUUGGUGCAUCUACUCUUGUAUAGUUAUAUGUACGUCAUGUAUGUUUACCGUGACUUAUUA